CCGAGCUUAGGAAUUAAUGCGGGAGAUGACGAUGGUUUAUACCUGAGAUUUCUUCCCACCAAUUUUUCGUGGCCAGCUAGCUUCCUUAACACAUAAAUUUGUACAUGUUUAAGUGUGUGUAUAGACUAAGAGAGAAAGGAACAGCGGCUCGUCAGAUCGGAUGGGGAAAAAUGAAGAAACAAGAAAGUGUUUUUCAGACACACGUACUGGUAAUGCCAUUGCCUGUCCAAGGCCACAUCAAUCCCAUGCUACAGUUCUCGAAACGCCUGGGUUCCGAAGGGCUGGAAGUCACACUAUGCACCUUCUCUGGUAAUAAGUCUAUGCCAGUCCAAGUCGGUCCUGUAAAACUUGAGCCAGUUUCUGAUGACCUUCAACUAGACAAUGAUCUAAAAACAGUCGAUGCCUAUCUGGAACGCUUCAAGGCAGUUGCGACCCUAAGACUACCAGAGAUCAUCGCGAAACGUGGCAUAAGUUACCUAGUUUACGACUCGGCCAUACCCUGGGCACUCGACAUAGCCAAACAUCUAGGCCUCCCUGCAGCUGCAUUCUUCACUCAAUCAUGUGCUGUUGAUACCAUCUACUACAACGUUCAUGAAGGAUUGGUGAAGCUUCCACUUGCCGAGUCCUCUUUGUCCAUUGAUGGCUUGCCACUGCUUCAAGAAUGCGACCUGCCAUCAUUUGUUUAUGAUAUAGGAUCCUAUCCAGCCCUCUUACACACUUGUGUUAAUCAGUUCUCAAAUUUCAUGGAAGCUGACUGGGUCUUUAUUAAUACUUUCACUAGCUUAGAAGAUGAGGUACUUAACUGGAUGGCCAGCCAGAGACCGAUCAAGGCUAUUGGACCUGCAAUUCCAUCAAAGUACCUAGAUAAACGAGUGGAGGAUGACGAAGAGUAUGGCUUACACCUCUUCAAGCCGGAGAUCGACAUUUGCAUUAAUUGGUUAAACUCAAAGGAAACUGGCUCAGUUGUUUAUAUAUCAUUUGGAAGCCUGGCGGCCUUAGGAGAAGAGCAAAUGCAGGAGCUCGCAUCCGGCCUACAGAGCAGCAACAGCUACUUCCUGUGGGUAGUUAGAGAAACUGAACAGAAAAAGCUUCCUGCCAGCUUCAUAGGCGAGACUUCAGACAAGGGGCUGGUAGUUUCAUGGAGUCCUCAAUUAGAAGUUUUGGCUCACGAGGCAGUGGGUUGCUUCAUGACUCACUGCGGUUGGAAUUCAACGCUGGAGGCGUUGAGCUUGGGGGUGCCUAUGGUAGCAGUGCCGCAAUGGACAGACCAAACAACUAAUGCAAAAUAUGUUACGGAUGUGUGGCAGGUCGGAAUCAGAGCUAGGAAGGAUGACAAAGGGAUCAUCACCAAGGAAGAGAUACAACGGUGUAUAAGGGAAAUCAUGGAAGGAGAUAAAAGUAAGGAUAUUAAAAAGAAUGCAGAGAAAUGGAAGAACCUGGCUGUGGAGGUAGUUAAUGUCGGUGGAAGCUCAGACAAGAACAUAAGAGAAUUCGUAGCAAAACUUACAUGCAAUUAGCAGUCAGUUACUUUAAGUUAGUAAGUGCACCAUGCACAUUCCCCUUUAGCACUACAAUAAGAAAAGAAAGUGCAAGCGCAACCCCCACUCUCCACCCUGUGUAUUUCCAUCCUUUCUAUUUCUGAAAAACAGAGUACUGUAGUACUUAUCCCAAAUGAAAUAAUCAAGCAAAUUAAACCAUUCAUAAU